GGGGGAGACAGUGUGUUUCUAAUUGGCUCAUUUACUAGGUGGUUAGACCUUAUACCAAUGUCUCCAAUGGAGCGUUUCCCCACUGUAUUUCAAGUAGUUUGCAGGUUGACUCCUGGAUAUCAUCAGUUUAAGUUUUUUGUUGAUGGUGAAUGGCGACAUGAUAAGCAACAACCCUUCGUAAACGGUAAUUAUGGUGUGGUUAACACUGUCUAUAUAGCUGGAGAUCUGGAUGCAGUUUCUCCAAGUCUUAGUCCUGAGGCCUCAAGUAGAUUCGACAUGGACCUUGAUGACGUUUCUUUUCGUUCGGAACCAGUUCCUACUAUGUCAGAUGCAGAUUUGGAGGUCUCUCGGCAUCGCAUAGCCACUUUCUUGUCAAGACAUAUUGCAUAUGAGUUGCUUCCGGACUCGGGCAAGGUUAUUGCCUUGGAUGUUAAUAUAGCAGUGAAGCAAGCAUUCCAUAUUCUGCAUGAACAGGGAAUUCCUGUGGCUCCUCUCUGGGAUUCAUUCAAGGGCCAGUUCGUUGGAGUUCUUAGUGCAUUGGACUUUAUUCUUAUUCUAAGAGAGUUGGGGAAUCAUGGUUCGAAUUUGACGGAGGAAGAAUUAGAGAUGCACACAAUAUCAUUUUGGAAAGAGGGAAAGGUGCAUCUUAGCAGCCAGAUUGAUGGAAAUGCAAAAUCAUAUCCUAGACGCUUUGUUCAUGCUGGACCCUAUGAUACUUUGAAGGAUGUUGCUCUGAGGAUUUUGAAAAGUAAGGUAGCUGUGGUUCCCAUCAUUCAUUCAUCACAGGAUGGUUCAUUUCCGCAACUGCUAAAUCUUGCCACUUUGUCUCAAGUUCUAAAAUGUAUAUGCCGAUAUUUCAAACAUUCUUCUAGUUCCUUGCCCAUUCUUCAACAGCCAAUUUGUUCAAUUCCCUUGGGUACUUGGGUUCCAAAAAUCGGGGAAUCAAAUGUUCGGUCACUGGCAAUGCUGCAACCAAAUGCCUCUCUUGGUUCUGCCUUAUCAUUGUUAGUUCAAGCCAAUGUAAGUUCGAUACCGAUAGUGGAUGAGAAUGACUCAUUGCUUGACAUAUAUUCACGAAGUGAUAUAACUACUUUAGCGAAGGAUAAAGCCUAUGCACAGAUUCGCCUUGAUGAAAUGAGUAUUCACCAGGCCUUACAAAUGUGUCAAGAUGCAAAUUCUUUCAACGGACAAAGAUGUCAGAUGUGUCUACGAGCCGAUACUUUGCACAGAGUGAUGGAGCAGUUGGCAAAUUCAGGGGCUAGGAGACUUGUGAUUGUGGAGGCAGGCAGCAAGCGAGUAGAAGGAAUCAUUUCAUUGAGUGAUGUGUUUAAGUUCUUGCUUGGUCUUUAGCUCGAAAGAUGGAGCUGUAGUUCUCUUAAAGAGGGCUUUACUAUGGUGGGAUCGAGUAAGAUCCAUUAAUUUCAGUGAACCCCAUAUUUCCCCCUCCGCUCAUCCAUCUCCUCUUUCCCGCACUUUCAUGCUGAGUGGUCUUAUUUGUUACUCACGAGUCGAUUCAUUGGUGGGGCUUUGAUUCGUCACUCUAAACGCCCCAACCGAUUUUAGGAUAGGAAUUUCAAAGAGCAAAACAUGAUCUGUUGUAAAUUGAGUACUUCGAUUUUCGCCCUUCGUUUCAAUAACCUAAUGAUUGUCAACUCAACCAUUGCUGCUGGAGCAGCUCCCAUGCCAUGAAUCUAUUCUAACAGGAAAGAAAAGUGGGACAGGAGAAAAAGAAGAG